AUGGAGCAGGUUCACGGCGUCGACGUCAGCUGGAUGACCCGCGGCUCUCCUAGAGACAAGGUCAGCAGAUCGCCAUCAUACUCGUCGCCGCCCAAGACGCCGGCUCCCGCGCAGCUACGAUCACUUCCUUCUCCCGUCUCGAACCCGCGCAAUCCCGCCGGCACGGCCGAUCCAUCAGCCAACGUCCAGGCCAAUGGCCAACCCGAACCCAACCCCUCCAGCGGCUCCUCCACGCCCAGGAGGCUUUCGCGAUCCGGCUCGAUAGACCGACUGGUCGGGUCCAACCCCAGUCCACCGCAGCGUCGCAACUCGUGGUUCUCCAACAUCUCGGCAAAGUUCACCGGCUCCAACAACUCGCCCCCGAGCCAGUCGCCGACACCCCAACACACAAAUAAUCACCUUCAAAUUCAGGAGCAGGCCCUGUCCGCCCAGAGCCAAGAGUCGCAGGCCUCGCAGCAGAACCAGUCUCAGCAGCAAUGCGCCAACCCCGCAGACGAACCACCAGUGCCCAAGUUUCACCUGGCCAGGAAUGCCGUAUUGCCACAUGCCCUGAAACCCGAAGGGAACGGCCCCUACACGCCGGCUCCUCCCAAGUCUGGUCAAGCCGGCAUCCUCGGUGUCUUCAGGCGGCUGUCGACGUCUGGGGGCAACGGCCUCGCGAGCGGGAAACUAGGCCAUGGCCUCGUCGAGCGCGUGACGCUCAACGUCGACCAGAACAGGGAGAGAUGUCCCAUCGCCGAGCUCAAGGACGCCAAGCUUAGGCGAGUGGCGUUUUGCGUCGACGUCGAGAUUGCGCCAAUGCCCAAAUACGCCGACCUCGACGUGGCGCACAAGCCCACCAACAAAGUCACGAGGAAGAAGCUGACGGAGAAGGGCGAAGGCGAGGCGCUGAAGAACCCCAAGGCUUUCGAUGCGCCAAAGGAAGCCAGCGGCAAUACCAAAAGCCAGAGCGAGCCCGUCCCCGAGGAACUCGAGGCUCCGGGAACCCACGCCAACGGGUCGCUCGUCAACGGCGCCUCACCCCUUGCGGAGCACGACAAGGAUACGACCAAGAAAAAGGAAAAGAAGAAGAAGAGCGAGGAGGAGCGGAAGGCCAGGAAAGAGAAGCGCCGCCGACUCGCCGAGGACAAUGGCUCCGUUCCGAUGGAAAUAUACUACGACAGCAGCGACUCGUCAUCUGAAACCCUCAGCGGCACCGGAACACCCUGCACCAAGACGACGUCGCAGCCCACCACGAACCCGACGAGGAUAUACCGCCGAUGCUGCCAGCUGCGCGAGACACCGAUUCUCAAGAAGAUUACCGAGCAGCUCACGGACACUACCAACUCCUGCCCCUCGACGGGCGUCAUCAACCGAUUGGACUUGACCGACUACUGGCUGCAGCUGCCGGACCUCAUCACGCUGGGCGACUACCUCGCCGUGGUGCCGGUCAAGGAAAUCGUUCUCGAGAACUGCGGCUUGGGCGACGAAGGGCUACGGGUCAUCCUUGCGGGCCUCUUGGCCGCCACGCGACCGGCCAGCUCGCGGCGCAAGAAGCCGAGGCACGAGCUCGAGGAGCAAGGGGGCGUGGUGGAGCGCGUGGUGCUCAAGAGCAACAAGCUCGGGCCGGACGGCUGGAAGCACAUUUCGCUGUUCCUUUACAAGUGCAGGUCGUUGAAGUAUCUCGACAUUUCACAAACCGCGUUUCCCAAGCAAGCCCCGUGCAACAACAACGGGCCCCUUGCAAACGGCAGGCAAAUCCCCCGGAGCAUAUCCGACGUCUUUUCCAAGGCCAUCGCGGACCGCCCGGGAGGAUCGACGCUCGAGAUGCUCAACAUUGGCGAGACGGAGCCCAGCAUGGACCAGCUGAGCACCAUCAUGGAUGGCGUCAUCAAAUGCGGCGUCGGCAGACUGGGUCUCGCCCAUAACCGCCUCGACGGGCAGGGCGUGGCUGCCGUGGCCCGGUACCUCGCCGCCGGGAAAUGCGAAGGGCUGGACCUGGGCGGAAACGACCUGAGGGAUCACAUGGAGGCGAUUGCGGGCGCCAUCAGCGACAAGACUCCCCUUUGGGCGCUGAGCUUGGCCGGUUGCAACCUCGACCAAUCGUCGCUGUGCAAGAUUGUGCCGUCGCUGGUCAGGCUGGACAACUUCCGGUUCAUUGAUCUGUCCCACAAUCACGACUUGUUCCAGUCGAAGCCCAGUGUCGUUGGCUUGUUGCGAAAGUUUCUCCCGCACAUGGAAAACUUGAAGCGCAUCCACCUGCAAGACGUCAACAUGACUUCGGAGCAGGCCAUAGCGAUUGUCGAGGUGCUGCCCGAGGUGCACAGGCUGGCUCACAUCAAUCUGCUCGGAAACGCGGCGCUGAUGAAGCUGGCGGACGCCCAGACGGAAGAGGCGCAGGAAGAGGCGUGUGCACUGUACGCGUCGCUGCUGGCCGCGUCGAGGGUGUCGGAGAGCCUGAUAUGCGUGGAUAUCGAGGUACCCGGGGACGAGGCGGGAGAAAUCGUCAAGGCCAUGGCCAAGCAGGUGGUGGCGUACUGCCUCCGCAACAUGGAGCGGCUGCCCGACACAAACAUGGGUGCGGCGGCGGCAUCGUCGGCCAUGACGGAGACGCAGAGCGAGGUGCGCGAGUGCAAGGCGGCGGCGUACUCGGACGUGCUCGCGCACCUGGUGGGCCACGACGUACUGGACGAGACGGGCAAGGAGGCCGACGACGACUCGGCUCCCGACGAGGACUAUGUCAUCGGGGGCACGGGCGUGGUCAAGGCCCUCCGGUGCUGCCUCGAGAACCGCGGUGACGAGUGGAGCAGGCAAGCGGCGGAGGCGUCGGGCGAGCGGGACAAGGGCUCGGCGCCGGUGCAGGCCAGCCUGGCGACGGGCGGAAAGGCCAAGGACAUGUCGAAGCACCUGUUGGCGGGGGCGCGCAAGAUUCGCAUCCGGCUGCAGCCGGCGUUGACCAAGGCCAGGGCGAACCCGAGCGACGAGCAGAACCUACGAAAGUUCACCUUCUUGGACGAGACACUGCAAGGCAUCAUCAAGCGAUUCGAAGACGAAUUCCCCGACACGCGAGAGCACGGGCCGGCGGCGACGGGCGGGGAGGCAGCGAGCACGGCGGCAGCGGCUGCUGCGGAGGGGGAACCGACGUCGACGUCGGCGGCGGCGGGGACAGACUCGGCGGUGGCGGUGUCGGACGGGGAAGACGAGUCGGAGAUCCACGCGCCCAAGGCGGUGUCGCAGUCGAGCUCCAAGCUGUCCAAGGUGCAGGCCGAGGAAGAGGGCCGGGUGCUACGGGCAGGCCACCGGUUCAGGUCCGGGUUUGUGCGGCAGGAGCAGCUGGAGCUCCUCAACACGAUCGACGACAUCGGGGCGCACCCCAAGCACGCGCAGAUGCUGGAGGAGCUGGCCGAGGACCUCGGGGGCGAGAUGCUGGACAAGGUCAAGGAGAAGGGGGCGGUGCGGGCGUUCAAGGAGGACAAGGAGGUGCUGUUCCGCAGCAUGAAGGAGAGCGACCCGGACCACUGGGAGCGGUUUGUCGAGUCGCAGCACAAGGCGCGGGCCAACAUCCGGGUGUCGUCGAGCGAGAGGGCGGGCGAGGCCGGGCCGGCGGGGGAUGAGAGUGCCAUUGCCGACUGA